AUGUAUCUCACGACCCUUACCCUAACCGCCCUCCUCACGCUCACCGCAGCAAAUAACACAAGGCCAAUUGUCAUACUGCAAAUGCAAAACGCGGUCUCUGUCCUUAGCGGGUUACCAGGGAAUUGUAUCACGUAUUCUGUGGGGAAACCUGUGAAAGAGGUGCAGAUUAACGGGCCUUGUCGGUUUUACGAUGAGAUGAACUGUGCCGGGAAUGGGACGGAUUAUUCGCCUGAAACUGAGAUUCCUGCAGGGGCUGUGGGGAAGGUUGGGAGUGUGCGUUGUGGGGAGGAGGAGGAGCAGGAGCAGCAGGAGGAGGAGUAG